AUGAAGACAAUUAAUUGUUACUUGCUAUUACUUUGCUGGAAAGCAAUUUAUGGUAAUAGCUGUGAGCUGUCCAAUAUCACCAUAGCAGUGGAGAAGGAGGAGUGCAGGUUCUGCAUUAGUGUGAAUGCCACUUGGUGCUCUGGAUACUGCUUCACAAGGGAUCCAGUGUAUAAGUACCCCCCGGUAUCAUCAGUUCAGCAAACCUGUACUUUCAAGGAGCUUGUUUAUGAAACAGUGAAGAUCCCUGGCUGUGCUGACCAUGCUGAAUCUUUUUAUUCAUACCCAGUGGCUACCGAGUGCCAUUGUGAGUCAUGUGAUACGGACAACACUGACUGCACUGUGAGAGGCUUAGGACCAAGCUACUGCUCCUUCAACCAAAACUAAAGCAAAGAAUAAGGAGUACUGGAGAUGUUAGUUUAGUUUUGGUUUUCUGUUUUAAAUAUGUAAAUGUAUUGUAUCAAAAUGGUACAAAGAGGGUGGGACAGCAAACAAAGAAAUUUACAUACAGCCAAGUUUAAAACAAUUAUA